GGGAUGGUCGUGCAGCGUGCUAAAUCGGUGGGCGCACGGUGGGGGGCCAAGAGCCUAUCAUUGGAGUCAAGUUGGACAGAAGGUUUGUUCAUCACGGAGAGAAACGGCGGUGGACUAGAUAUUCGAUGAACAGGAGGGAUUAAAUUGAGAGUACAUAAAGUGGACAUGGGGAUAUGAUCAUCUCUCGUUUUAAGCUCCCCCUCACUAAACUGCUAUAGAAUCACAAGUCGGAUGGCUAUUAUCAUCAUUUACCUUGGACUCAAAGUCCACUAGAGCGAUGAUGCCUUCAGGAGGUUGUUGAACGACGUGAACGAAAGGGAAUAUGUGCGUUGUCACGUGCAAACCAGUCCAUUAAGUUGCUUUCGAAUGUAGUCCACUCAAAAUCUCAAACACCAUGUCGCGAUACCCAGACUAUCUUUCACCGAACGCAACUCCUUCUAAACCAUCCAACUCGCAGAAGUCAAGAGCAAGACGCGAGCCAUCUGGCGUUUUCUCCUUAUUUCAGGCACCUCAGAUUCAGCAGUUCAAGGAGGCAUUUCAACUUAUCGACCACGACAAGGAUGGCUGGGUAACGGAAUCUGAUCUGCGAGAAAUAUUCUCAAGCCUUGGUAUUUCACCAUCGAAGAGUAUGCUAGAUGGCCUGCUCAGCGCGCGCCCUGGUGGCCCUGGGCACAGCAAGUCACCUCCUGUGACACCUUCACGCGACUCGUUAGUGUCAUCAGACAGAGGUAUCAACUUUACCAUGUUCCUCACCAUGAUGAGCGAGCGACUUUUCGAGUUCGAUCCAGAAGCUGAGUUGAGGGAGGCUUUUGAAUGUUUCGAUGAGGGCGACACGGGUACGGUUAAAUCUGAUGAGAUGCAGAAAUGGAUGGGAGAAGUAGGGGAAAGAAUGGGUCAGCAGGAAAUCGACAAGUUCCUCCAGAGUUCAUUCACUGACCGUCAAGGGAAUUUCAAUUACCGCGAAUGGAUUAAAGUGAUACGAGUGAAUGAUGGUGAUGAAGCAGGAUUAGACAAGACAUGACAUGGCAUGGACAAGACAAGACAAUAAUCUGUGCGAACAUCUGUACUUUACACUUUGACUAGCAUACCAUCAUUACCGCAAUUGCAUUCGUCACAGGACCGCAAGAAAAC